AUGCACUUAUCUGCUGUUGCACAAGAAAAAGCUAAGCUCAAGCAGGAACAGACCUUCCAAAAGUGCAUACCUCACUCUACCAUGACUUCUACUGAGUGGAGGCGUGUCAUCAAGCUUAUUCAAGAUGCACAUCUAGUUGACUGCAAGGUUUACCCCCUCACACUCGCUGACCAAGACGAACUGAGCAAGUUCAUCGAGGAGAACCUCAAGUCUGGCUGCAUUCACCUGGCCAAGUUACCUAUGGCCUCUCCCUUCUUCUUCAUCAAAAAGAAGGAUAGCUCGCUAUGCCCCGUCCAGAACUACCACAAGCUCAACAAGAUGACUGUGAAGAAUCACUACUUGUUGCUCAUCCAGGAGCUUCUUGACAAGCUUAAAGGUGCUCAAUACUUCACCAAGCUGGACAUUUGCUGGGGCUACAACAAUGUAUGCAUCAAGGAGGGCAAUGAAUAG